AUGUUAACCAACUACAACAGGGAUUUAAGUCCAAACAAUGACCAGAUGGACCCUGUCACUUUGUAUGUAUCUUUUAAUAUGUUUUCACUGAAAGAGUUUGACGAUCUGAACGGGAAGUUGGCCAUUCUGGGAGCCGUCCGCAUUACCUGGAAUGAUGACAGGAUGAUCUGGGACCCACAGCAGUACGGCAACAUUACUAGUGUAUCGCUAGCCGAAUCCAAGGUUUGGAUUCCCUUCGCAGGAGUAGGAAAACCGUAUGGUGAAAUCAAAAGAAUCGGACAUGACUUCAUACCGGUGUUUUACGAAUACAAUGGAAAUGCUUACUGGGAAGUUCCAGAUUUGUUUGAAAUUUCUUGUAGUGCUAACGUCGCGUUUUAUCCCUUUGAUCGACAAAAAUGCGAGAUUUUCUUUGUGCCUUCAGGAUACCACCCAGGUUUCUUCUCCUUAAAGCUUCCAUUCAAUUCAAUGUCUUUCACUAACUUUACAGAAAACGGAAGCUGGAAAGUCCAUUCCUCAAGUUGA